UAGCCUCAAAUUAUUUUUAUAUAUAGAGUAGUAUUCAAAUAGUAACCACACACAGAUAAUGACCUAAUUUUACCUAUUUACCGCCACCUAAUCAAUUCUUGUUUUGAAGAUCUUAAAUCAUAAAGUUUUAACAACAACAAAAAAAACCUCUCUCUACUUCUUGCCCUCCUCCCUUGCCUAGCAUGGUCUAAUUCUCCUUGCUUUUUUUUUUACCUCCAUUAACAUUCUUCAUGCAUUGUUUUCUCUCUAUUUCUCUUAAUUCUUCAACCAUAAAAACAACGUAAGAACAUCAUUUCGAAUCAUCGUCAUCCAACAAUCUAAUCUCCCUCUAAACAAAAUCUAAUAUCUAAAAGAUUUUGAUCCUAGCAAGAACAUAACAAUCAAAAGAAAUGGAGAAAAAAGACACAAUUUUGUUCCGAAAAUACGAACUUGGUCGAUUCCUAGGCCAAGGGACAUUCGCAAAAGUUUACUAUGCGAGACACAUUGUCUCAGGUAAAAGCGUAGCCAUCAAAAUUGUGGACAAAGAAAAAGUUCUAAGGGUUGGUAUGAUCAACCAAAUUAAACGUGAAAUAUCAGUUAUGAGGCUUAUUAAGCACCCUAACAUUGUACAACUUUAUGAAGUCAUGGCUAGCAAAACAAAAAUCUAUUUUGCUAUAGAAUACGUAAAAGGUGGCGAACUUUUUAAUAAAAUCUCCAAAGGAAGAUUAAAUGAAGAACAAUCAAGGAAAUACUUCCAACAACUUAUAGGUGCCAUUGAUUUUUGCCAUAGUCGCGGUGUUUAUCAUCGCGAUUUAAAGCCAGAGAACCUUCUCUUAGAUGAGAAUGGUAACCUUAAGGUAUCGGAUUUUGGGUUGAGCGCGUUGUGUGAGUCAAGAAGGCAAGACGGGCUACUCCACACAACGUGUGGCACCCCUGCAUAUGUUGCACCAGAGGUAAUCAAUAAGCGCGGCUAUGAUGGUGCCAAGGCUGAUAUAUGGUCAUGUGGGGUCGUGUUAUAUGUACUAUUAGCGGGAUAUCUACCAUUCCACGACACAAAUCUAAUGGAAUUAUAUAGGAAGGUUAACAAAGGAGACUUUAAAUGUCCGAAUUGGUUCCCAACAGAGGUCCGAAAACUCCUAUGUGAGAUCCUUGAUCCUAGUCCAUACUCAAGGAUCACCGUAGCUAAAUUAAUGGAUGAUCCAUGGUUUUUAAAAGGAUUCAAACAUGUAGAUAUCGAUCAAAUUAAAGAUCAUGAUAAUAAUCUCGAACUUCCACCUAUAACUCCUAAAGAUGUUCGAGCUGUCUUCAAUGACAUCGAUUUAGAAGGUAGUAGUACUAGUUCUCAUAAAUCUGAAUCCGAAGAAGAAGGUGUAGAUGUUGUAAUCCCAAUCAAGCCUACAUGUUUAAAUGCAUUCGAUAUAAUCUCCCUUUCGCCUGGCUUUGAUCUUUCGGGCCUAUUCGAGAGCCAUACUAGUCGCAAUCCCGCUGCUCGAUUCACCACUUCCAUGCCACCAUCAAUGAUAGUAUCCAAAUUUGAAGAGAUUGCUCAAACUAAUAAGAAGUUUAAGAUUCUUAAGGAGGAUGGAAUAAUGAAGUUGCAAAGCAAUAAAGAAGGUAGAAAAGGAUUACUUAGUAUUGAUGCUCAAAUAUUUGAGGUUGCUCCAAUGUUACAUGUGUUAGAAGUCAAGAAAUCAAGUGGUGAUACAUUUGAGUAUAAUGAUUUUUGUAACCAUGAUCUAAAGCCUGCUCUAAGGGAUAUAGUUUGGGCUUGGCAAGAAAGUAAUGCACAACAACAACAAGAAGAUGUGUAGGGAAUUUUUCUUUUACUUCUAGAUAUACAAAGUUUUUUUAUAACUUCAUUCUAUACAUAGAU